AUGCCUCCCGUCCCAGCCAAGCGCGAGAAGCGAAUCGUAGGCACUUCGCUCAAGAUGUACUUUGACCUGCCAUCCACGCUUGACUACAUUGACAAGGUCGCCGCCCUUUCAGCUGUGGCGGAAGAGGUCAAUGUUGAUCUCUUCGUCAUUCCAGACUUCGUGACACUGCUCCCCGCAAAAGAGAAGCUAGGCAAUUCGAGUGUGAUGCUAGGGGCCCAAGACACCUAUAGCGAGGAUAAAGGAGCAUACACUGGUGAAGUCAGUCCGCUGACGCUCAGCCAAGCUGGUGUGAAGAUUGUAGAGAUUGGUCAUGCGGAGCGGAGGAAAUUGUUCGGCGAAACCGACGAGGACGUCGCGAAGAAAGCUGCUGCAAUUGUGAGAAAUGGCAUGAUACCUCUGGUGUGCAUCGGCGAGAAGAGUCAGGGCACAAUCGCUUCUCAAGCUGUCGGAAUCGCUGUUGCCGAGUGCAAACCACAGAUACAAGCUGCAUUAUCCCAGAUCCCAGACGAGGCAGAGGUCAUCCUGGCGUACGAGCCGGUGUGGGCGAUUGGCGCAGCCGCGCCAGCUGGUGCAGAUCAUGUCGUGGCUGUAACACAGAGUCUUCGCGCGUUGGUGAAGGAGAGGAAGGGCAGGACGAGAAUCUUGUACGGUGGAUCUGCUGGUCCUGGCACAUUUCAGAAACUCAAAGAUGGCGUUGAUGGAUGCUUCCUGGGAAGAUUCGCGCACGAUGUGAAGAAUCUAGAAAAGGUCAUUAAAGAGCUUGGGCAGUACUGAGUGAGACUUUCAUUAUGGCGAUACAGACUGCUGUACAGCCAUCCCAGCAGCUUCCGCAGCCCUGCCUCCGUUCUGCCCAUCGCCGCCUUGCCCCUGAUUUGCCAGCGAUGGAUGUGUGACCGCGCCUGCGAGUCCGAGAGACUGUGUAAGCCACCGAGGAGCUUCAGAAGCCAUCGGUCACUUUCUGUCGUGUACUUCAGGGGGGUGCGUGAACGUGGUUUCUCGUGAUGCCAGCAGGAGAUGGCUCACCCCGACGAUGAGAUCUGGCGGAGCCUCGUACGGUGGCAGGGAUGGCAAUGUCGUGCUCGGUAUCGUGCUCAGUGUCGUGCUCAGCAGUCGCGUCGAGCGCCCGCCAGCGAGAAUUCCGAGCCUUGGCGCUGUGCGCGCGUCGAUUUUGGGAAGGUCGGGCUGGGAGAGACGCCCUUUUCUCCAGCUCACUGCUGGCGACAGCAGCGAUGGUGAUGAAAAGGUGUUUGUUCUCGUCGACGUUAGGCAGUGCACCAGCAUGGCACCGCUGGACAUGAGCAAGCUCAGCGGCCCAGCGUCCUGCCGGCGUUCAGCAGGAGGCCACAGCCCUCCGCGACGACGAUGUGCACCGCCAGCAUGGAAGCAACCUCGAUGCACUACAAGAUGACCGUAAGGCCUCUACAAGAUGAUAGCGAAGAAGCAGCUCGUCGUUGCAUGCCCUGCCGCCUGGCAGGAGGCGUUGUGUGGACACAUUUUUCCUCCUCUCCCCUGGUGGUAGUGGGGCUUGUGUGCGAGGAACGAAAUCAAAGAAAACAGCCAAAAAACCUUAAAUU